CCCAACUCCAAACUCCGCUCAGCUGUCCACCGCCAUGUUGUCGCACACGUCUCAGAAGUCGGCGCAGACACUCCUGCGGGGCGCCUCACGAUGCAUCCGCCCGGCCAUGACCACGCGUGGCUACGCAGAACAUGCACGACCUCUUGAUAAGACUACUACUUUCGGCGGCAAGACCACGGUGACCUUGAUCCCCGGUGAUGGUAUCGGUGCGGAAGUUUCGGAGUCAGUUAAGGAGGUCUUCAAAGCAGUCAACGCACCGAUCCAAUGGGAGCAGGUCGAUGUGUCGGGUAUGGAGAUUGGCGACAAGCACAUGGAGGAUCUGUUCCGGGAAUCGAUCGCCUCUGUCAAGCGGAACAAGGUUGCCUUGAAGGGUAUCCUGCACACACCUGUGGAGCGAUCCGGUCACCAGUCAUUCAACGUUGCGCUGCGCCAAGAGCUGGACAUCUUCGCUUCCUUGACCAGCAUCAAGAACUUGCCUGGUAUUGAGACACGCCACAAGAAUGUCGAUUUCUGCAUCAUCCGCGAAAACACCGAGGGAGAAUACUCCGGCCUCGAGCACCAGUCUGUAAAUGGUGUUGUUGAGUCGCUCAAGAUCAUCACGCGCGAGAAGUCCGAGCGUAUCGCCAAGUUCGCCUUUGCUUUUGCUCUCGCCAACAACAGGAAGAAGAUCACCUGCAUUCACAAGGCCAACAUCAUGAAGCUGGCAGAUGGUCUCUUCCGUAACACCUUCAAGAAGAUGGCUGAGAAUUACCCUACCCUCGAAUGCAACGACAUGAUUGUCGACAACGCCUCUAUGCAGUGCGUCUCAAAGCCGCAGCAGUUCGAUGUGAUGGUUAUGCCUAACUUGUACGGCGGUAUUCUCUCCAACAUUGGUGCGGGCCUUGUUGGUGGCCCCGGUGUUGUCCCUGGAUGCAACAUGGGCAAUGAGAUUGCCCUCUUCGAGCCGGGCUGCCGUCACGUCGGUCUCGAUAUCAAGGGCAAGGACCAGGCUAACCCUACUGCGCUUCUGUUGUCCGCUGUGAUGAUGCUUCGUCACCUCGGUCACCAUGCACAUGCUGACCUCAUCGAGCGUGCUGUUCUGGGCGUCAUUGCGGAGGGCAAAACCCGCACCCGCGACGUUGGUGGCGAUGCCACCACGCAACAGUUCACCAGGGCCAUUCUGGACAAGGUCGAGCAGCUGUAAAUCAAACGCGUAACGAUUGAGUUGAAAGCAGCGUUCGGCUGUAAGCAUAUGAGAACACGGACUCUGUUGCUGACGAGUUAUUCAACUUGAAAGGUGUGUUGACCUUCGGAGUUUUGGAUACGUCUAGCGUCUUGUGUACCAGUAAGUGAGUUGAUGUGAAUUGAAGUGUACUUCUAUUGGUAUAUAGCAGGUUGGAGCAUGCAUGAAAGAUUCCUAUUUAUACCCAA